AUGAUGUCCACAAUGAAGAAUCCGUUACUUCAUACGGAUUCAUUAUCAACUCUAGAUCAUGUACAUAAUAUUUUACCGUUAAAACCAUCAUUAACAACAAUUCCUUCUAAUGUAUCACAUAAUGUUUUAUCAGCACCAGCAUUACAUAAACGUCGACCACAAAAACGUGUUCGAUUUGCAUUAACAUUAGAACCCGUUGAAGAAGAUUCAUUACCGUCAAGUCCAGAAAUCUUGCCACCAUUAAUGUUAAAAUCAAUUAAAAGACAUAUUGAUCCAUGGUCACAAAAUAGACCACUAUAUGGUAAUUAUAUUGAGUAUUUAAAAAAACAAGAUGCAUUCGUAAGUCAUGAAACUCAAACUGAUCAAGUAUCGUCAUCAUCAUCACCUACACUUGAACCUUCAUCUGAAUCGGCUACAUAUACACAUACAUUUGUUAUUCAAAGUAAAUCUCCAACAAUUGUUAUUGAUUCAAUAACAGUUUCUACACCACCACUUCAUUUACCACAAAUUAUUCAUCGUAAACCAAGAUCAAAUAAACGACAAUCAUCAUCAGCAACUGAUACUUGUCUUAAACAACAAUUAACAUUAUCAACUCCACCACGUAUGCUUCAUACAAAAAAAUUAGCAAAUUCAACUAAUCAAAGACAUCAUUAUAUAUCAAUACAUGCCGUAGCGAAUCGAACAGAAUCAUAUAAUAAAGCUAUACAAUCAGAUAAUAUACUUGGAUCAAAAACUAUGAAAGAAAAUAUUCAAAAUAAAAAAUCGACUGAAAAUAUGAUAAAACCAUUACGAAAUCCACCUAAUCAAAUCAAUCAUUUUUCUGAUCGUACUAAUUUACCAAUUUCGUUAAAAAAAGCACGAAUACCUAAUCGUAUUCGUCAUAUAAAUGAUGAAUUAAAUUUAAAUAAAAAUUAUUUCUUUCAAAAUUCUGGUAAUGAUCAUCUUCUUCAAUCAAUUAUUCAUUAA